CCAAACAUACAACUUCAAAAAUGGCAUUCAAGUUAGUUGCAUUCGCCACCCUUUUGGCCCUUGCCCAAGCCGGUGUAGCCCCAGUUGCCUACAGUGGAUACGCCGCCCCAGUAGCCCAUGCCGCCUACGCCGCCCCCGUCGCUCACGCUUACGCCCACGCCCCAGUCGCCUAUGCCGCCAAAGCCGUCGUCCCAGAACCAUUCGACCCCAACCCACAAUACCAAUACGGAUACGGCAUCAACGACCAUCUGACCGGUGACAACAAGAACGCCCAAGAAGUCCGUAACGGUGACGCCGUCCACGGUUCCUACUCCCUCAUCGACGCUGACGGUUUCAAGCGUACUGUCGAAUAUACCGCUGAUGAUGUUCAUGGUUUCAACGCUGUGGUACAUCGUGAACCCCUUGCAGUCAAGGCUGUAGCCGCCCCAGUUGUUGCCAAGGUCGCCGCCCCCGUCGCCUAUGCUGCCGCCCCUCUCUACCACCACUAA